AUAAAAGUGAUCAGAUUAUAAUUUAACUUGAAAAAGAAAAAAAUUUUUAGAACAGAAGAAUUAAGAGGAAGACAGCAAAUUGGCAGACCCCAUGUCCAAAAAGCACACAACCAAGACAACGAAAGAGCAACCUUCUUUCCUCUGGCCAAGGCACAAAAGGUGGAGAGUCAAGAGCAACUUUUGCUACAAAUUGAAAAGUGAAAUUUCAAUUUUGUCAAUACAGCAAUUGUGGAAGAACUCAAGGGGACAAAUUGCAGAAACCAAAUUCGUACAUAUCAUGAUCAGUAAUUGUAUAUAUAAGUAUAGUGUGCAUAAGAAGCAAGCUAUUAUAUAGUUGGAGAAGUCAAAAGGAUAAAGUGAGAUUUGAUUGCAGAGGUUGAGGUAAUUUGAUGUUUUUGUUCACUUUAUAAAGUUUCAAUAAUCAUGGGACUUGAUGCUUUUGAUAAAGCAUGUUGUUGUCACAAAUUUAAAAUUAAAUUUAGGAUGAUGGCCACAACUAUCUACAUCUGGAAGUCUCAUUGAUGAAUGCAUCAAUUUCAAAAGCAGUAAAUUCAAUGCACUAUAUAUGAAAGCAUUGUCACUGCCAUAAAAAACCAUAUUUCUAGAAAGAAUGGGUGCUCCUACUCCAGUUGCUGUAGGAACAAGAGGCACAAUUGGAUCCCUUGUGAGGAAGGAAAUUGAGUACUUCUCCAAAUUUGAGAUAGGAAACUCACAGAGACCUCAACCUCAUUAUGUUUGCAGACCUAGUUUUUGGGUGUUUCUGAUGACAGGAAAGAGAAGGAAGAGAAGAGAUAACAGUGUGUUUCUCCCAAAAAUGUGUUCUGUUACACAAGUGGUGAAGAGCAGUGAAUGGAACAGAGUUCCUGGUUAUGGCUACAGGAUCCUCAAGGAUGACAUCAAUAACAUUCAUCUCUGACUGAAUUUCAAUCUACUUUCUUCAAUUACUCUCCUCUUGUAUCUUGAAUUUCAAAAGUUAAUGUUAUUUUCACUUUCUGUUGCCAAAUAUUAGGCAAAGUUAUGAAGUUCUUGAGUGUGAAAAAAUAUAGAAAUGCAAAUGGAGAUUGGAAGUGUGAGUAGCAGCAGCUGCAAAUCAGUUCUUGAUCUCUGUAUAAAUCAAAUUCAAUUUAACAUUAUUGUCUGCUUCUUCA